AUGGAAGGGGGCAGAUUAACCGCGGAGUCAUUGGCUUCGGUACCGAAGUUCAACUGGGUGUUUUUAGUUGAACUCAUUGUCUGUGGCAUCCUGACACUCUUUUUCCUCUUCUACUUCAAUCGGCUCUUUGCAACCAUAGUUUCUUAUCCGAUUCGAGCCUAUACCUGGCACUACUACGGCAUUUACAUUGACAUACAUGCGCUUCAGAUUUCUCUGCUUGGUGGAAGGAUAUUUUUCAAAGGUUUCCGAUACCAUGGAGAGAAUGAGACAAUACUGGUACAAUCGGGGUAUCUGACGUGGAGGUACUGGCUUAGGUCCGUACGUAAGGUUGACCUAUCUCGAAGUAGCCGCGAGACUACAGAUAGUGUUCGACAAACAGGGGAUGAGCUAAGCCCAGACGAGAGUACGCGAAGCCCGAGCCCUAGCGCUGGAGAACGGGGAGGUAUCACCGAGGAGGCCCGGCUGCCUUGCCGCUUGGAAUUAACGCUCCAUGGUCUUGAGUGGUUUGUUUACAACCGGAGUGCGGCAUACGAUUCCAUCCUAUCGGGGUUUGGAUAUACUCCCAAGGAAAGCUCUAAUGGCGGCGACAAAGAUUGUGAUAAUAAUACCGGAGAAAAUGAUAGCGACAAACUAGAACCACCUAAAUCUGGACAGACAUGCGGUGCAUCGACUGAUGGCGGAGAUUUUGCGAUAUCCCGUUCUCAUGUUGAAACGUCGACUUCUCUUCAUAACCAGGCUCAACGGUCAACAACCGACAAUGCAACCCGCACCGGUUCAUCCCAUAAUAUUUUAACUUCUCAAAGAUCUCCGAAUUCAAAUUCAGCCCGCCUGACGGACGAGGCUCCAACCUCUAAGUUUUUGGCUCUUCUUCCCGUGCAGUUGGUUUGCCAUACAGGGGCAAUGGUUAUAGGUAAUGAAAAUACAAAAACAUUGUUAACCACAAAAUUUGAAACGGCAUCUGGGAGAAUUGACGCCGGUACCGCUGGCCCGCUUGAUAUGUUCAGACAAAUAUUUGAAUGCCGUCUAUGCCAUCCAGUUGUUCAGAUGAAACCCAAUCCAGACUUUAAACAAACCCAACAAGCUGCUGUCAUCAGUGGAUCAAGCCCUUCGAAUGGGGAUCACAAAGCAGAACCAAACAACCUUGAUUUCCAUUCAAGAUACCAACACCAUAUGCGUAGGACAUGGCAUAACGUUCGCAAUUUGGUACCGUAUUUCCAGAGCUCAGUUGAAUCUUGUCACAAUGGUGCAUGGAAUGAUGUGAUUGGAACUGAUUUGGAUUCUCCAGCGAGGACAGGCUUGCCGGGUGAAUCUCGCUGGCUUGGGCUCACUCGAUAUCUAGAUGAAGAUGAUCGAGAUGCACAUGAAGGCUGGAACGCGAUUGAAUAUGCCCGGUUCUCAACCUUAGUAGAUUCUCCAAGCGUCCGCUUCAAAUAUUAUUGGGAUAUCCCGGGGAAAGUGACAGCAGGCAGAAUUGAUUCACGGUUUUCAGUUCACAAACAUUCUGAUGAUAUCAAUGGUACUGAUGCUCCUGAGUGGGGUAUGCAUCUGUGCAUAAAGGGCGGAACCAUCAAUUAUGGACCCUGGGCUGAUAGGGAACGUGUUGGCAUCCAAGCGGUAUUCUUUCCUAACUUCUACAGAGACUCACAGCCUUCUCCAUCACUUGAGCUCGGGGCGCCCAGACAGAGUACCAAGUUCAAAUUGACUAUCGAUAUCGAAGAAGAUGCUACCUUGCGAAUCCCAACGAGAGAAGCGUCCAAGGACUGGCUAUGGAAAGGUCGGGUUGACGCUGCGGGAGGUGUUUCCAAAUUGAAGGGCCAAAAAGAGAAGAAACACCCGCGGAAUAAGGACGCUGAAAAGAGCACACAUGGACCAGAUAUACGGCCUUUUGGUUGGCUUUUGCUUGGGAUAGAGGCGAAUUCCAGUAUCAGAUACUCUAUGGACAUGGUAGCUUCGAAUACAGGGUACAGCAAUCAACUCGACCUCGAUUUGCGCGGAACUAGAGUCACAUCGAGUGUUAACCAUGGCCUGUUGUGGAGGUCUGGGCCUCAAAAAAUUUCCUGUGACUUGUCCAAUCCCUUGAAGUGGAAUACCUUGCACACCUGGUUCUUUAAUAUUUACAGCCAAGACCUCGAACUUUUCUUACUUCGAGAUCAUAUUUUCCUCUUGACGGAUAUAGUAAAUGACUGGACGUCUGGGCCUCCCUCCGAUUUCUAUACCUUUGUUCCUUUCCGUUACACCAUCGAUUUUUCGUUUGCGAAUUUAAAACUGUACUUGAACGUGAACGAUUCAAACAUCAUAAAUAACCCAUCCGACACUAAUGAUAAUACAUUCCUCGUAAUACAGGCCGAAAAUCUGACAUCUCAUGUCGGUAUUCCUGUGGAGAAAUAUAUGCCGAAACGCUAUUCCGUGGCAUUUGAUAUUGAGUUAUUAAAUGGAUCAAUCGAACUGAUGACACCCCUGUGGAACACCCAGCGCGUGUUUCUCCAUGACAAUUUAGUUGCGACAUUGAAAAGCAUGAGCCUUAAUGGAACUUACAAUUACAAUCUGAGCACCUCUUCGGCAUUAACGGAUACAUUAAAACUUGAUGUUGUUGGCAUUGCACCCAAGCUUUGUCUUUACGGGUUUUUAAUCCGAUGCUUUUUGAAAAUAAAGGAGAAUUACUUCGGUGAACACUUGCAUUUUAAAACGCUGGAAGAAUUCCAAGGGCUACUUGCUACUAACCCCACUCCCGAGAAAAGCAGCGGCAUUAACCCUUCGCCAAACACGAACGACCUUGACGUCUUUAUUCAGGUUCAUGCAGACAAUGCCAGCAUUCUUUUGCCUGCCAAUAUAUAUGAUCGCACAAACUGUGUGAGGAUGAACGUUGUGUCAUUUGAUACCGAUCUAAGAUUUACCAAUUAUUACAUGGACAUGGAAACAUCGUUCAGCCCGGCGGAAAUUGUUACGGACUCGCUCCAAUCUGAUGGCACCCAUCUGUCCUCCAACAUCCAGCUAUAUGUGGAUGGCUUUUCGAUAUAUGGACAUCGACUCUUUGGGCUGCCGCCCAUGGAGCCAACUUAUGUAUGCAACUGGGACUUCCAGGUUGGCCAGAUUACUGGAGAGUGCUCACCCACCUUUGUAAAACUUGCAGCAUCCGCUGUAAGGUUUCUUGCAUUUUCUUUCGACGACGAAGAGAAUGCAUUACCGCCAAUACACCCCAUCGCGCUCCACGACGUGACAUUUCUGAGGGCCAGGGUCGAUUCUAUACGGAUUUGGGUAUUAGUCGAGGAAGCUGCCCUCUUACUUAGUUCCCGAGCUGUCAACAUUGACUUUAAUAACUGGGCCGAUAUGAGGUUCUCUGAACGCUUCUGUCUAGAUGUACCGGAUCUCGUUCUCGCUGUGGUAGAUCGAAAGGCUGCAGUUCGAUUGCGAGACCCUUCCAGCCAGGCCGCCAAGACAUACGGAUACUUUCAAACGUCACUGGCAUUCAGGAUGGUGGAGCGCAAAGCAGAUUUUUUAGCCUCCCGUGCUUUGCAACAAGAACAUAUUCGCAGACACGAUCGGCGGUCCAACAGAACACCUUGGCUACUUUACAGUGAUCAAAAUACAAUGCCACCCGGCGUUAUUGAUAUCACCAACCUCAAAGUCAAUGAUCCAGCCAUGGCUGUGCCGCCGAUGCCAGAACCAAUUCAGACGAUUCCUACUUUUUACCCGAAUUCGUCAAUUUCGUUCAUGUCAUCCCAACAUACAUCGAGUGCGAAAAGCUCAAUCUGCUCCUCUCGAUACUCAGGUUUAAAACGCAGGGAAUUCGGACAAUUUAACAGCCAAACACGUCCUGUUUCAGUGGUCGCAAAAAGCGAAUUGCCCGGAUCAAUUCUCUAUGAUUCUGGCAGCGCUCAUUCUAGGAUUGGUCACGAGAGUCAUAGCGCUCGCAAUUCCAGACACCUUGGACGAGGACAGGAGGAUAUAAUGAAUUCCAUGAACUAUUUAUCCAGCCCAUGGGCCAUGCCCUACUUCCGUUUUAAUGGAAUCCAACCGGAUGUUACAGAUGUUCCCAACCUCCCACACGCCCACGAUACCUCAGUACGGAACGACUUGGAUUUUGGUAGCGAAGUUGAUACUGGCUCAUGUCCUGAGGAUGAAAAUGCCACUCAUUGUUUUUUCCUUUGCGAAUUCUUGCCCGGCUUACGUGGCUUCUGUUCUCCAGAAGCUUUUUCUACCGCGUCGAUAUUGUUUGAUGAAUUGCAGCCUUCUCACCCAGUGGAUAUUCUUGAUAAUCUUCAGGCUAAUGUUAUUUCCGGCAUUUUAGCCAAUGAAAAGGCUAAGGCAAACCCCCAAAAAAUAUCCAAUUUCUCCCUUACCUUUCCUCUCUCCCACAUUAGAGUCAUUAAUUCAUCUAUGUCGUUGGACGAUUAUCGUUUGGGCAAAUUCCGGGACCAAUACGACUUACAACUGUCACAUAUUCGCGUCACGUUUCGCAAGGUAAUUGAAAAAAGGAGCGAUAACCAUAUGCAGCCGACUGAAUUAGGUUUCACUAUGCAUUUAGCGGCUGAUUCAAUUUCUCUGUCUGCUCAAGGGGAGAAGGUUGAGGCGCUUGAUCGGAAAGGGUCCGUUCACUGCACAUUGAAGAAUAUAAUUUUCUGGUUGGUGUUGGGACAAACUCAACGUGCCAACAUCCAAGUUCAAGAUAUUGAAACCGUGACUUCAAGCAAAUCUGUUCAAGAUUCAGCAUUCCUGGUUGACCGCACAUUAAAGCUGGUCGACUCAGUCAUCACUCCUUUUCAGAAAGACUCCGCGGCUCACACAAAUAGGCUUCGUUGCCUUGUUUACACGCUCACGAACCAUGGUUCCCAAACCCCAGACCCACUGUUCCUCACAAGGACCUCUUAUGUGUUACGAGGCGCCCACGAACAUCUCAGACUUCAUGAUUCCUGGAAAGUUAUUUCCAGAUUACGCAACAUAUAUAAUUCAUUACCUGCCUAUGAAAUGUCGAAGUUGACUAGCGAUUCAAUGGCCAACUCAAUGCCAUGCCCUGCAAAUGCUCGAGCUACUGUUUUGUCCAAUUUUGACCGCUGGCGAGCAUGGGACCUUGCCCAUGUCAAAAAGAGCUCCGUGAUGAAGGCUAUUUGGGGAACUCCGGAAGAUGAAGAUCCCAAAUCUCCUGACUUAAGACACCAGUCUCUGUCUUUUAAUAUGGGUAGGAUAAGGUUCUGUUUGGACCCGGGCCCGAAGGCUAGUGAAUUAUUACUCCAAAAUUUUACAACUGCGGUGAGCGUCAGAGUAAGUCCAACGAAAUCGCCAAUAAAAAACGGCAGACCCAUUCAUUCUAUAAUUGUUCAAACGUACUGUUCCGAUAUAGCUUUGGGACUUCAAUGGGAGAUUUGUGAACUUGUGGAAGGAAUUCUUAAAAUGGCCUCUGUGGGACAAAGGCUAUCAAGCACAUCGCCUCAAAGUUUGCAUGAGGCAAAACCUUCGACACCAAAUGACGAUGAAUUUCAAUUUGUCUUCCUAUUUGACGAUGGUUCGGUUGUUCUUGACGGUAUUAACCUUAAUGUCGCAUUACGAGGAAGUGGUAUUAAAGGAUCAAUCAUUCACCAACCGUCUGAGCAAGGUUCAAAAAGUGCAUUAAGCGUGGUUCUUAGUUCAGAUGAAUCAUCAGUGCACUUUGCUGGCCGCUUAAAAGAGUUGAUGAUUUGGAGAAUUUUGAAGCCCAACAUUUUCUUUUCGCAUUCUUUGCAGAGCAGUGGGUCGCGUAUUGAACAUGAUUGGAAAUCAGCAGCUGCAUGCCAGAGGUUGCGCUAUGAUAUGAACGAAGACCCCCUUGGCCUUGUCCAAAUCGUUGAUCGAAUUGUAGAGGAUGAGUUCAAAUAUAUUAUCAGAUUGGUUUCCACAAUCGAACCAUCACCAGCGAAACGCCAUGUGUCGCAGGUGGAUCCUGUGGCAAAAACCGCUAUCCACCGUUUCCAAGUUGCUAUGUUUUUGGAUGAUUACGAGAUACGUUUCUUGCUUCUUCCUUCAUUAGUGUAUGUCAUAUCUGGAGAGGUAGCUAGACUCUCUAUUGCACCAGCAAAGGGAUCUAAAUUAGAAUUGGACUUUGACGUCAAGAAUAAUUCACACAAGUUUUGGUCCGACGACGAGAAUGAGUUGGGGAUCAUAUCGGCAUUGGAUAUUCCUCCGAUCAAUGGCAGAAUCAUGGUAGCGACAUCUCCCAACCGUACAGUGUUAGAUAUGGAUACGACGCUUGAACUCACCAAAGUCGAUGCGGGAGCUGUCCGUAACCUUCUCAGCGCAGUGACUGGGCCAGAAAUAUCUCAUUUACUCUCAGACUUGGAGCACGAUGUUCGGAUCCUCAAACAACAUUUUGAGCAGCUCGUUGCUCGAGGUCGUGGACGGAGUUCGCCCAAAGCAAAGCCUGCUGACCAAGCCGCCCACGUCCUUGUGUACAAAAUACGUCUCACUUUGGCUGGUAUCGAUGUUUUUGCAACUGCACCUUGUUUGAGCAGCAAAGAUUAUUCUGCAGACAUGGACUUCAAGUUUGGCAUGAUGCAACUACAUCUAGAAAAUUCUUCUCCUGGGAGACCUGUUCUCGAGUAUCCUGAAUUCCGCAUCCAACUAUCUCGGAUUAGCUUUUACUUGAUGAAACGCGAUAAGGUGGAGACACAUCCGUACGGCAGCUUACUUCUCGACGCUCAAAUAUUCGGAACAUCAAAGCCUAACGAUAAUGGCGAUAUUGUACGAUCUUACCAUGUGGAGAACAAGAAUUUGCAAAUUGAGUUAUUCGCAGAGACAGCAUCGAUGAUAGUUGAUAUUGCUGCCCACCUCCAAGAGCGACUGAAGAGUCUGGAUUUAUCACACGAGGUCAAACAUCUCCGGAAGCUGCGAUUGCUUACAACGCCUGAAAGGAUGGGGGCCAUUGAGUCCCAAGACCGACCUGAUACACAAAAUCUAUUUAAUUCCAUGUACUCAGUUACGCUCGCAAAUACGCAAAUGAGUUGGAUAAUUUCCGCGCCUGUCUCCAGUCAUCAGGGCAGACAACCAGAGGAUCUUGUUUUCUCCAUCUGGAAGGUAGAGCUGGCAACGAGAAAGGAAAAUGCCGCCCGUCUAAGAAUUCAAGACAUGCAACUUCAAAUGGUUCCUGUUCACAUGGAUAAGGGUAAUCGGUCGCGAAAUUCUGCCCUUUUGCCCGAGGCUGUGUUUAAUGUUGCGUACCUGUCCAGGGGAAAUGAGCGACGACUCGCGUUUCAAGCAGCGGGGAAAGCAUUAGACAUUCGAAUGACCACAGAAUUCAUUCUUCCUGCCAGUAUUCUUAAGGACUCUAUCGCAUUAGCCAGCGAAAACUUUCGAAAAGCUAAUAGACUGUGGAACGCUGCAAUCCCUCCGGGAAAGAAAAGGAGAAGUUCCAACCCAAAUAAUAUUAGGUUCUCGUCUCUGCUUGUCGAUGCUGACUUCUCCGGAGCCGUAGUCAGUUUGCAGGGCCGGCAGGACAACGGCGUAGACAGCCUGAUUUCUCCAAUAACACGAUCUACACGAGGCACUGGUGGAGGCAAGUACGGACAGUACAUCCAACACGCUUCUGAAACUACAGCGACCCUACGCGCUCCUGGGGUCGCUGUAAAGAUCCGAUUUGAAGAUCCUGGAGUUGGAGAGCCAACAUUAAAUGCCGAAAUGAAGGUUGAUGCAUCAACCAACGUCCUCUACCCCACCGUUGUUCCCCUAGUUACUGAGAUAUCUGAGAGCGUGAAGGAAGUUGUGGGAGAAUCAGAUGUGGCCAAGGGCGGCACAAAUAAGGAACAAACACCGCAAAAAUCUUCGCAGGAGAAGCCUAUGGGCAAAAGCGAUGCCACAACUAUACUUGGGCGGUGCAAGCUCAAUAUUGGGCUGCGGAUUUACAGGCAGGAAUUUACCCUCAGCUGCCAGCCAAUCGCAAGGGUCCUGGCAACUGCAUGUUUCGACGGCAGCUAUAUUACAAUCAAUACUGUUCAGUCAGAGGAAAAGAGCCGGUUUUUUGCCCUAUGUUUGGCUUUUAACUCUCUACAGGCUUCAGUCAAGCAUGUCUACUCCAGCGAAUCUACAGCGACUUUAGCCGUUGACUCCAUUGUUAUGUCGAUGAUGAACAGUAAACAUGUUAGUUCUUCCAGCGGCAUUUCGGCUAUUUUGAAGAUUAGCCCUGCAUAUGUUCAGAUAAAUGCCAAACAAGUUCAGGAUUUCCUCCUGUUCCGUGAGAUAUGGAUUCCACCCAACGACCCAUUAAACCGGCCAGUUACUCCCCAGCAGCAGCAAUCGGGCACUGAUUCGCAAGCAUAUAUUGUGCAGCGAUACCAGCAGAUGACGGCAACAGGCUCUUUCCCCUGGAACGCCGUAAUUGCGAUAACUCAAUUAGACAUUCAGCUCGAUCUCGGCCAGACGUUGGGUAAAUCUGAUUUUACAAUAAAGGAGUUAUGGCUAUCGUCAAAGAAAACUUCGGACUGGGAGCAGAAUCUUUGCAUUGGAUUUGAAGAUGUUGCUAUUGAAAGCAAAGGGCGAAUGAGCGGCAUUAUCGGGUUGCAUGACUUUAAAAUUCGAACGUCGAUCCAGUGGCCAGAGUAUGACCAGAAAUCAUACCAGACGCCAUUGAUCCAGGCGUCUGUUGCGUUUAAUCGACUACAGGCCAAAGCGUCCUUUGAGUAUCAACCGUUCUUGGUGGCAGAUGUAACUUCGUUCGAUUUCUUCAUGUAUAAUGUGCGCAAUGCCUCUGUCUCACAAAAGGAUUCUCUCGUUAGUGUCCUUGAGGGUGACAGGUUUCAAGUAUUUUGCACAUCAUUUUCAGCCUCUCAAGGGUUGGCGCUCUACCAAACGCUACAACGAUUGCGGCUAGAAAAGCAGACAGCGUAUGCAGCCUCGCUUAAAGAAAUCGAAAAAUUCCUUCGUCGCAAAUCCUCUAUCCACCUUAGUGGCGAGGGCCUCAACCCCCAACCUCCUCUUACCCCAUCUGCGAAAAGGGAGAAUUCUGCCACCGAUAACGGCAAGGACCCCAAGAUGCCAAUAUCGUUGCAUACCGACGUGGUCGUGAAUCUCAAAUCCAUACAACUAGGAGCCUUCCCCAGUACCUUCCACGACCAUCAGAUUUUCAAACUCGUCGCUCUAGACGCAGAAGCACAUUUCUCUGUCGCAGUUGAAUCGGGUCGAAUCCACAGCGGUCUGGGGCUAACACUGGGCCAGCUGAGAGUCGCAUUGUCUGGCGUUAGUCGACCGGCAACAUCAGCAAUAGCUCCACCAUUAGGCACACCUGAAGACCUCCCCAUCGUCGACAUCGUAACCCGCGCCACCGAAGCACGUGGUGGCACAAUCCUCAACGUACCCCGCGUUGUGGCGACUAUGGAAACUUGGCAAAUCCCACACUCAAACCAAAUCAAAUAUAUCUUCAAAAGCUCCUUCGAGGGUAAAGUGGAUGUGGGCUGGAACUAUUCGCGGAUCAGUUUUAUACGGGGCAUGUGGACGAACCAUUCGAAUUCACUGGCGACUCGGCUGGGGAAACCGUUGACGAUGCCUGCUGUGCAGAUUACGAGGGAGUUGGAUAAUGAGGACAACGAGGGAGGCGAAGGAGAGGAAGAGAGGAAAGGAAAGGGGAAAGGGAAAGGGAAGAUCACGGCGGUUGUUAAUGUACCGCAGUCCCGGUAUACGUAUAUGGCUCUUGAGACACCGGUGAUUGAGACACCGCAACUACGAGAUAUGGGAGAGGCAACGCCGCCGUUGGAAUGGAUUGGUUUGAAUAGGGAUAAGUUGCCGAAUAUCACUCAUCAAAUUGUGAUUGUUACGUUGAUGGAAGUUGCGAAGGAUGUGGAGGAUGCCUAUAUGAAGAUUUUAGGGUCGUCGUAG